AUGUACAACCAUUCUCUUCUAAAGCAACCUAUACGAAAGAUGGAGAUUCCACAUAUAUUUCAUGGUUGUGGGUUUGCCCUAGUUUUUCUUGUUUUACUUGCUAACUUGUCAACAUCUUCUUCGCUGUCUCAAGGAAAAAGCCUCCCAUACAUGACUUCAAACGUCGAAGAGAUAUCAGGCAAGUCUUUUGAUUACAUUAUUCUAGGAGGAGGUACAGCCGGUUGCGCCCUAGCUGCAACUCUUUCUGAGAAAUUUUCGGUGCUAGUGUUGGAAAGAGGAGGCUCACCUUAUGGAAAUAUCUUCAUAAAAGAGAGGAAAUUCAUGGGUUUCUCACUGUUGCAAACAGAUGAAUUUUCUUCAGUUGCUCAAAGCUUCACACCUAAAGAAGGAGUUCUCAACCAUAGAGGACGAGUUCUUGGAGGAUCAUCAGCAAUAAAUUUCGGGUUUUAUAGCAGAGCUAGUAGUAGUUUUGUUUCAAGAGUGGGUUGGGAUAAAAAGUUGGUGAAGGAGGCUUUUGAAUGGGUAGAGUCGAGAAUUGUUUUUAAACCCAAUAAACUGACCAGAUAUCAAACUGCUGUCAAAUAUGGCUUUCUUGACGCAGGAAUUCGACCUUAUAAUGGGUUUACUUGGGAACAUUUAACGGGAACAAAGAUUGGGGGAUCGUUGUUUGAUAACCAUGGAACAAGGCAUUCAUCAGCUGAUCUUUUACAGGAAGGAAACCCAAACAACGUGGUUGUUCUCCUGAAUGCAACUGCGAAGAGUAUCAUCUUCCGUGGUCAAGGAAAAGGGAGCAUAGUUCAUGGUAUUAGGUUCAUCAAGAGCCAUGGCAGCACAAAACAAACUUAUGAAGCUUACCUCAACCAGACGGCGGCGAAUUCGAGUCCACGAGGUGAUGUUAUUCUAUCAGCAGGAGCAAUAGACUUGGAAGGGGUUGGACAGGAGAUGACGGAUAAUCCCCGCAUAGACGAUACGGUCAACGUAAAGCUUCAAGCUUCAGAACCUGCACAAGUUGCAGGCAUAGUCAAUAAAGAGUUCAGAUUCUUAGUAGAGGGAAUAAUCGCACCAAGUAGCUUCAAUGCAUCGGUGAUGACACUUGCAAUCAAGAUUGCAUUCCCGGAAUCAAGAGGAAAGCUAGAAUUGAACAAUACAGAUCCUAGGCAAAACCCUUUAGUGGAAUUCAAUUAUCUAGCAACGAAAAAUGAUAUGGAGAAAUGUGUCGAGAUGGUUCGAUUGCUUGAGAGAAUAGCGAAUACGAAGUCCCUUACUCGAUUCAGGGGGGCUGGAGCUCAAAAUAAUGUUACAACUUCUAAUGAGCUGAGGAGGUUUUGCGAGGACAGGAAGAAUUUACGUACAUUUUUCCACUAUCAUGGCGGUUGCAAAGUUGGAUCAGUUGUUGACAAAGAUUACAAAGUAUACGGGAUAAAAGGAUUGAGAGUCGUAGAUGGCUCAACUUUUUUGAAUCACCAGGUACAAACCCAGUUGCUACUGUCUUAA